CAUGUAUAAGUGAGAAAAAACUACGCACUGGUUGACAACUGCGUGCUACGAGUAGGCUACGCCUCUACCCUUUUACAUUUGGUGCCUCGCCGGUACUACAAGUACCUUGUAAAGUAGCUCACAGUUUUUCUUCACUCGUAGCAUGUAUUUGUCCUACCAAUAACGCUAACAUACUUUAAGUAAUUCAAGGAUAUCGAUUAAACGCUCAGAGGGUUCUCUAUUCACCGGCUGCGCAUGCGCAUUACGUUAACAUCCGCGCAGAAUUCAAACUGUUGUCUAGACAACCAGGAAAGUACGAAGGAACAGUUCAUAUCUAUUACCCGUCAUUUUACGCGUGUAGUUUUCGGCAGAAUUUUUUUUGUCUAAAACAAGACUCCGGUUCAAAUGUUGUCAAGCCCAAGAGAUGUUAAUGCGGGCAGGGGUCAAGGUGCUGAAGAGUGGGGGGCAAGGAAUCCGAGCAGAAAAGUCGCACAGGAGAGACGACAGGGUUUUGGUGUCCGGGAGUUUCUCGACGGAUCCAAAUAUGAAGGCGAAUUUGUCAAUGGCCUCAAACACGGGAAGGGAAGGUACAUCUGGAAAAGUGGAGAGGUCUAUGAGGGCUCUUUCUACCAAGACUACAGGCAUGGUGAUGGAAUGUACUGUUGGCCCACAGGCAACAAAUUCAUUGGCAAAUUCUACCUUAAUUGGAGAGAAGGAUAUGGAAAACAUAUUUUUCCCGACGGAGCCACGUUUAAGGGUUUGUACCAUGCUGACCAGAGGUUUGGUCCAGGUGUGCUUAGUGAGCCGACAGGAUGUCAAGAUGUCGGUCUCUGGCAUGGGAAGCAUCUGAUACAAAUGUGUAACUUCAUACAAGGGAGCUUCAGCCUGAAAAACCUUCCGGAAUAUGCUGCCCACUUGGAACAUACCUCUGUCUCAUAUUCUCAGACUCAGGAACCAUUCCUCUUUAAUGGACUUAAGACAAAAGACAAAUCAGAAUCUGAGACGGAGAAAGAUGACAAUUUGCUGCAAUAUGAUGACAAUACUAUCCUCCCUUAUGAGAUUGAGAAUUAUUCCACUGACCUCUUUCCAUUGCCCGCGGAUAUUCGAAGAGAGUUUGACCAGCAUUUUUAUGGCCAGCUGUGGGAACCCGAUUCUCGCGUGCAUGAAGGCAACGAACACGAUCCACACUCAACUCUGCCAUUAGCAGCCAAAAUGCUGGCUCAUAUUCAUAAACACAGACGACAAUCUGAAACUUUGGACUGGGAUGUAGCAAAAGUCCUUUCAUUAAAAAGACACAGCUUUGGUCCGAAAGGAUCGUUGGAAGUAACAUCAGAACUGUUGAUCCAGCGCGCCUCCAGAGGAGACCGACAGGCUGUUUUAAAUAUCCUCCUGGAUGGCCUUGUUCACCCUGAUGUAGCAGAUUCUCAGGGACACACCGCAUUAAUUGCUGCUGUGGUAAAUUGCCAUGAUGCUGUAAUCCACCUACUGUUAGACAUGGGUGCCGAUAUUGACAUGCUCAAUUGCGAAGGUUUGUCAGCCUUGUCUGUGUGUCAUGUCCUCUGCUAUCCUUUUCAGCCUCUUGACUUGCUUCCUGGACCCCAAACUCAAACACAGGGUUUGACGUCAUUGCGUGAAAAAACACCCCAGCCCAGAUCACCAGACUUUGCUACAGACUCAUCGAGCCAAAACAACCGACCUCAGACAAGUGACACUGUUCAGACCACCUGGGAUCUUACCUCUGAUCAGAUGACAAAGGAAUCAUCAGGAGGCAUCAUCUUCCAUCGCAGCAGCUGCAGUGAGCUUUCCACUGUCCUGAAUGAUCAUGAGGCCCCUGCGGAAGAUCAGCAACUAAAGGAAACGGACAGAAAAGAGAUUGUUGAAAGUGACCAAGAGAGAAACAGAAAGGAGACACGGACUGAGACAAAUGCUAGAAAGAAUCCAGUCAUACCCAGACAGAAAGAUGCAGAAUCAGGUCAGGACAAUGGCCAAAUGAAAUUCAGAUCUUUGCUUGAGGAUGAAGGGAGGAACAAGGAAGACAAAAACAAUCAGGAGGAGAAGGUGCUCUUUUCAGAGCGUUCCAUUCAGGUGAAAGAUGGACACAUUGUUGUGGGCCAUGUGAAGUGGAAAGAAUGUUCGUCUCGAAGUAUGAAGAAGGAGCAUAUCAAAAAUCGGAACCCAUCACAAUCCAUGGACAGCUCCAGCAUGCAAGUCUCUGAGGAAAUUCUACAGGCAGCAGCUGAAGCUCUGAGCCACACUGUGGUGCCCCGGCAUUCUGAUACCCAGGAGACUGUGCGCAAAAUGGCUGCCAUGAAGUUUGAGCACCGUGUUCGUUUGCACACACUGAAUCUGCUGUUGGACCGUGGGGCUAACCCCAAUGCUUCAAUAGUUCCCUUCCCGGUCCUCUUUUUGGCCAUUAUGGCAGCUGAUACCAAGACUGUCAGGAGACUUCUUCUUUGUGGAGCUCAAACAGAUAUUUGUCUUUCACCUGAGAGGAGAGGCCUUUAUCCUCUACAUGUGGCUGCAGCACUCACAGGCCCAGAAGGUCCCAAAAUCACAGAACUGCUGCUCCAUGCUUUAUGUGACCCAGACGCACGGGCAUGUGACCAGGAUGAAAUCUAUGAACCAGAUCAGAUGGUGAGAAAAUCACGGCACACCAGUGAGAAGCCAUUUGCUGAAGAAGGAGGUCGGACAGCUCUGCACAUCGCCUGCCAGAGAGAAAGUGAUCACUGUAAUGCCAGCAAGGUGGUAUCCCUGUUGCUCUCCCAUAGAGCCAGAACAGAUCUCCUUUGGAGUGGACACUCGCCACUCUCAUUGGCUAUUGCAAGUGGCAAUGAAAUGUCAGUGGAGGAGCUGUUAAAAGGAGGUGCAGAUCCCAAAAUUCCCUUGGGUUGUGGAGUUGGCAAUGCCCUAUGUGCUGUCACAAACUUCUGCUACAACUUGGAUGGCAAAAGGGCAAAACUGUUGGACAUGUUACAAAAGUCUGGUGCUGACAUGCUGAAGCCAGUCCAGGUCGGUGACACAAUGGGAAACGUGGUCGACUAUGCACAUCACUCCUUCGACCAAGACUUGCGUAUUGCCCACACACCCUUCCAUACCCUUAACAUGGAGCAGAGAGAAACAUUCAGAGCACGGCGUCGCCUCCUCGGCAAGAUGGCAAGUCUGCUCAGAGAGACUGCUGUCCAAAGAGAGAAAGAACAACAAGAGAGAGAAAAGAAACUGCUCCCGAAUUGUGAAAGUGCCCUUUCUUCUGCUGCCGAUUCCAGCCAUGCAACUAAACUUCCCACAGCAGUAAAACAAAGGUCACCUUUGUUUAAGUUCUGCUACCAGUGCGGUCGAUCUGCUGCGAUGAGGCUAACUGCUUGUACUCGCUGCCACAGCGUUUUCUAUUGCUCUGCAACUUGUAAACUUAAAGCGUGGGAUGAGAGACACAGGGAAGAGUGUCUGCAGGAAUCAGCCUCUCCUGAGAGUUUCAAGAGAACGUUCCUGUUGCAGAACCAACAAGACCCCAUAGAGUCGAGUAUUGUAUUGAAAUCUAUUAAAAUCCCCACAUCUUCAAAUGCCCAGUUCAAAUCCCAAAUUGUUGGAACUGAAGAUGUCUUGAAGACCCAACGUGUCAGCCUCAAUGAAAACUACAGCUACAACUGACAGAACGUGUGACUUGCUCGUAAAUUAUUUUGAACUUGAUUGAUCUAAUUCUGACUCUGCACUUCGUUCACUCAGCUUCUUGUUUUUUUUUGGGGGGGGGUUGUUUUUUGAGGCUUCAUAUUAUACAAUAUUAUUUUCGAGUUAAUAGAUUUUUUUGCUGACGUUUAUGUACCUCUCUGGUUUUGUGAACUAGAUUAUUUACUAGUAUUGAUUCUGCAUAAAUUAAACCAAGCUUUUAUUUUUAUCAAUCUAUUCUAGAAAACUAUCAAAAAUGCUUUUUUUUUUCACUUUCGUAGCUUGUAUAUAGAGCCAUCAUAGGGCCAAAUUUACCAUAUUUGUAGACUAAACUGUUCGUAGUGUGAUGCUCUGUGAGGGUAUAUUGACCUGAACAAUAACCCCUAUUAGGUAGACUUCCUCAAAGAAUGGAUUUUCCAUGGUGCAAGUGCCAGUGCUGCUUCCUAAUAUCCUCUGUCAAAUCAGUUUCACGAUUAGGCUAUUGAUUGUAUUGUGAGGAAAGAUUUUUUUUGUUACACAUGUGCAUAUAAACCUUUACUUCAAAGACUUCUGGGGGUGGGUGGCACAUUUAAAGGUGUGUGUCUUCUGAACUGAAGACUGCUUUAUCUUAUAUGAAGCCAGUAGUUCUCAAGUCAGAGUGCCACACUUCUGAGAAGCCGGAAAGGAACGUUUGAUGGGAGUGAAACAUGAAGAGCUUUAAAUAAAGUCAUUUUAAAGAGUGACCAAUAAAAGACCCCCCAAUU